AUGCAGCUCAUACGCCUUCUUCCGCUUCUGGUCCCCUUAGUCCAGGCAGCAACUCUUGCUUCUCAGAUGAAGCUCAUCGAGGAGAAGAUGACUAGGCGAAUGAAGCUCACGACUCCAGAGUCCGCAACCUUGAAGAACAUCGAGUCUUCCAUCCUGGGUAUGGCACAGACGAGAAUCUCCAAGCAGGAUCAUAAGGCAGAGGACGAUAUUCUUGAACGAGAUUCCGACUUGCUCGAGAAGACCAUGAAGGCAAACAUCUUGCUCCGCAGGAACCAAACUCAGGAAGACUUAGACGAGGCGUGGGCAAACCUCAGCACGUGCCUUCACCCGAACGAUACAGACUACGACGCAGGUUUGAAGACGUUGUCGACACAGCAUUCGAACUGCCGACUAGAGGAGGAUUCCAUCUGGGCGGACUAUGACACAGCUUGCGUUGUGGCACGACAGCUCUGGGAGAAUGAGAAGAAGGCCAUUUGCGAUGCCUAUGAGGCGGCACGGGUAUUCCCCAGUCCAACCAAGACCUGUGAGAUGUCGGAGGGCACUGCUACCCCGACCAUUGGCAACUACCUGUUGGAAAUGGAGAAGUUCUAUACAGACACAUACAACGACUUAUUGGACAAAAAAUUGAAGUGUGACAAUGCCACUGCCACCCCCUUCAAGAACGAGGACCUUUGCCAUGAGAAGAUCUGCAGCUACUACGACAAGAAGAUCGCCUGUGACACGAAACAGGCAUCGUUUGAGGACAAGGCCUGCGGCCUGCACAAGAAUUACACCUGUCUCAAGUAUACGGAAUGCUACGACGAGAAGGUGCAGCUCUAUGGGUCCGUAGUUGCCCUGGCGGAGGAGGGCGAAGCCACCUCCAAGGUCGAGUGGAGGGCCGUCCUUCGGAUCGAGUGCCUGAUAUCGGCACUCCUGCUAGAGGACGGCGAACUAGCGCCUGCCCUCGAUGCAUGUAAGGCAAAGACGUACAGCACAUUGCCUGUUGAAUUGGCCUACCACGGGGCGGCACCAGCAACGCGAGUAUGUCAGGAGGUCUUCCUGCAGCCAGGUACGGCGGUGUUCUCCAACAAAUGGUACAAUGGUUUGCCAGAUGAUGCUGCAGCAGAGACUUGCACCUGCUCAUGCUGCAUGUCGGAAAACUUCAGUUCCACCUAUCCAGAUAGCGUGAAGUGCCCCUUCUCAAUCCCUACCACAACGGUGACGACCACAACCACAACAACCACGACGACGGCAGCGCCAGUAGUGAGAACGCCUUUUGGCCCACCGAUGGGGAUGAUGAUGUUUCCAAUGUUCCCUCGGUAA